ACCGCAGUUUGCAAACUGAUCCAUUUCGGCCACCAUAGCUGAGUGACAACACGACAACUCGGGUUGGACUCCGGCGGCGGCUCAUUUAUUAGCACGGCUGUGGCUAGCAUCAGAUUCGUGGUUGUGGGCAGCCCGGCCGGGAUAUAGGCUGUUGUGUUCAAAGAUAAAGAAGGAUGAGGUUGAAGGAGAUCCAGAGGACUGCCCAGCAGGCAUGGAGUCCGGCCAGACACCAUCCCAUCUGCCUAGCUUUAGGUACGUCAGCGCAGCAGCUUGACGCCUCGUUCAACACCACGGCAGCCCUGGAGCUGUUUGAACUGGAUUUUGCCGACCCCUCUCUUGACAUGAAGCUCAAAGGGUCUCUGUGCACCACCCACAGGUUGCACAGUCUGGUGUGGGUAAAUUUCGGAAUGGGUGAGCAUGCUACAGGAGGAAGGCUGGUAGCCGGCAGUGAGAACGGCGCAUUAACCGUUUAUAACCCAGAGGCCAUCGUUAACGCCAGUGCCGAGGCUGUGGUGGGACAGUGCGACAAGCACACGGGGCCCGUCCGAGCACUGGACUUCAACCCUUUCCAGAGCAAUCUCCUAGCAUCCGGGGCGAAUGAUUCUGAGAUUUAUAUUUGGGAUCUGAACAACUUCAGCAGUCCGAUGACACCAGGGGCAAAAACGCAGCCUGCCGAGGACAUCAGUGUGGUGUCGUGGAACCGGCAGGUGCAGCACAUCCUGGCCUCGGCCAACCCCAGCGGCAAAGCCGUCGUGUGGGACCUGAGGAAGAACGAGCCCAUCAUCAAGAUCAGCGACCACAGCAACCGGAUGCACUGUUCUGGGAUGGUGUGGCACCCCGAAGUGGCCACUCAACUGGUGCUGGCCUCCGAGGACGACCGACUCCCCGUCAUCCAGAUGUGGGACCUCCGUUUUGCCACCUCUCCUCUGAAAGUCCUUGAGAAUCACACACGGGGGAUUCUGUCCAUCUCUUGGAGCCAGGCUGAUUCUGAGCUCCUAUUGAGCAGCGCUAAGGACAACCGCAUCCUCUGCUGGAAUCCGAACACUGGAGAGGUCAUCUAUGAGCUCCCCACGACAAACCAGUGGUGUUUCGACAUCCAGUGGUGUCCCAGAAAUCCCGCUCUGCUCUCCGCCGCCUCGUUUGACGGCCGAAUUACCGUUUACUCCGUGAUGGGAGGGAGCUUGAAGGCUCAGCAGCAAAGUACCGCUGAUAAGAUAUCAUCCUCAUUUGAUACAAUGGAUCCCUUCGGUACAGGGCAGGUGCUCCCUCCCUUGCAGGUUCCUCAGCCUACAGCCCAGGACACCGUCGUUCCACCAUUAAAGAAGCCGCCUAAGUGGGUGCGCAGGCCAGUGGGGGCCUCCUUCGCCUUCGGCGGCAAGCUGAUCACAUUUGAGAAUCCCAAAGGGACGCUUAUGCAGAGCCCCCAGCCUGUCCCCAGGCAGGUGUUUGUGAGCCAGGUCACAACGGAGACGGAGUUCCUGCAGCGCUCCAGGGAGCUGCAGGUGGCGCUACAGUCGGGUUCCUUCAACAACUACUGCCAGGCCAAGAUCCAGAGUGCAAAGUCGGAGGCCGAGCAGGAUAUAUGGAAGUUCCUGCUGGUGAAUUUUGAAGAUGAGGCUCGCAUUAAAUUCCUUCGACUUUUGGGUUUCAGUAAAGAUGAAUUGGAGAAAAAGAUUUCUAAAUGUCUUGGGAAGAAUUUUCAACCCAAUGGUCACGCUGUGGAUGCUGAGGACCUGGCGAAAAAGAUGCUGCAGCUCUCCACUGAGCGAUCUGAAGAAACAGACGGCAGGACGUCCGGCUCUGUAUCACCCCCGGACUUUUUCAACCAGAAUCCAAAAGAAAUCCCCAACUUCCAGAUCCCCGUUUCCUGCGAUACGGACGGUUUGAUAAGCCAGGCCCUGCUUGUGGGCAACUUUCAGGGUGCCGUCGAUUUAUGUCUGAGCGACGGCCGGUACGCCGAAGCCAUCCUGCUGUCCAUCAGUGGCGGAGAGGAUCUGCUCAAGAAGACCCAGCAGAAGUACCUCAGCAAACAGAAAAACAGCGUUUCAAUGCUUAUAUCAUCAGUGGUAACUCAGAACUGGAGGGACAUCGUGCAAAGCUGUGAGCUGGACAACUGGAAAGAAGCACUCGCCGCCCUCCUGACCUACGCCCACCCUGAAGAAUUUGCACAGCUGUGCGAUACCCUGGGAGGUCGUUUGGAAAGGGGGGGGACGGAGAAACGCUGCCUUCAGGCGUGCCUGUGUUACAUCUGCUCCGGAAACAUCGAGAGGCUGGUGGAGUGCUGGGCCUUGCACAGGGACUGCUCCUCUCCUCUCGGCUUGGAGGAUCUGGUGGAAAAAGUCAUGAUGCUUCGCAAGUCCAUCGAGCGGCUCCGCAACAGCGAGGUGGCGGUGCAGAGUCCCGUCCUGGCCGAGAAGCUGACGUGCUACGCCGGAAUCCUGGCUGCAGAGGGCAGCCUGGCCACCGCCAUCGCUUACCUGCCAGACAAUUCUGACCAACCCGGGAUCACCAUGCUGAGAAACAGACUGUUCCAUGCUCAGGGAGAGGCUGCCAGCCAGCAGCAGCCUCCAAGCGCGCCCAAGCCCAAUGCUGCUUCUCACGCACCUACACAGAAAGCACAUAUCAUGGAUCAGUAUCAGACCUCUCUCCCUCAUCAUCAUCCGCAGCAGCAGCAGCAGCAGCAGCAGCCGCCGCCGCCGCCUAAUAUGCCGACAUCAGUACUAUUCCAGCCUCAAGUUCCUCUGAGUAACACUGGCCAGGGGCCGCCUGCCUCGUCUCACGGGCUGCCACCCCCCUCUAUGAGGCCUCCUUACCCGCAGCAUCCAGCUUCGGCUCCAGGUUUUGCUCCACAUCAGCCAUUCCAACCGUCCCCCAUGGGCGGACCCUCAGCCUUCUCCCCUCCAGGCCCCUCCAUGCCAGCCGCCAACUUGUCAGGACCGCCGCUGCAGCACUCGUCAUCUUGCCCCGGGGGCCUCCCCCACAUGCCCAGCCCCGGCGUGCCAAUGACGGGCUUCAUGCCUUCUACGUCCUUGCCGUCAGGCCCCGUGCCCGCCAGCUCCCAGCCCGGAGCCCCCGUUCCCAUGUACCCCGGGGGUCACCACAGCCAGGGAUCUAUGCCCCCAAUGGCAACCGGUCCCUAUGCUCCUCUUGGAUCGGGUUACCCGCAAGGGGGCCCCGGAGCUCCUGCUUCAAAGCCCUUCGCAGCUUCAACUGUAGCUCCUCCUCCGGCAGGAUUCUUUCCUUGGCUGAAUACCCAGUCUGACCCUCAAGCGUCCCAAGAAGGGUGGAAUGACCCACCAGCAGUACGAGGUGGACCCAGGAAGAAGAAGAUUCCUGAAAACUACACUCCACCCGCCCCUAUCACUGCUCCCGUGAUGGGUUUCCCAGUGGAGGCCCCUCAGCUGCACAAUAAUGCCCAGGUGCCCCCCGGAGCCCCCCAGGAGCCCAGCAUGCAGCUCCUCCAGCAGCUUCCAGCAGAGCGGGUAGAGCAGAAGGAGAUCCCGGCUGAGCAUAUUGUCCUGAAAUCCACCUUCGAUAGUCUGGUGCAACGCUGCCAACUUGCAGCAGGAGACCCACAAACCAAAAGGAAGCUCGAUGACGCCGCCAAGCGUUUGGGAUGCCUCUACGACAAGCUGAGGGAGCAGUCGCUCUCGCCCAACAUCCUGAACGGACUGCACGAGAUCGGCCGCUGCGUGGCGAACCAGCAGUACCAGCGCGGCCUGGAGGUCCACACGCUGGUGGUGAGCAGCAGCAACUUCAGCGAGAUCUCCGCCUUCAUGCCCAUCCUCAAAGUCGUCAUGACCAUCGCCAACAAGCUCGGCGUCUAAAGCCGCACGCCUGCGCCUCAAGUCUUCAUCGAUCAUAUUUAUUUCCUUUUCUUAUGUGAGCAGAUUCUGGUCUUCACCUCUUUUUUUUUCCCUUAACGCCCUAAGAGAUGGGUCGGAUGAAUGUAUCCUGAAAGCGCAACACUCGAUGUACAAAGUGAAACAUUUGUGUGCAUAAGCGCGCUUUUGCAGUGGACGGAUUUGUUUUAUAGUGAAUCGACAAAGCCGGGCAAAGUGGGACGCGUUUGAUAUGAUAAAAACAAAAAUGGUGCGAGAGAUUCUGUAACGGCAGUCCGUGGAGCAUUUCAUGAAUUUGUGCCAUCUUUUCCAGAACGUUAUUUCGCAGCGUGAACGAUACCCCCCCGGCCCCGUUUCUCUCCUUUUCUUUUAAACGUUCGUACAGUAGAUGGCAUCGUUGGAAAUGUAAAUUCGGAUGGGAUUUGUUUGCGUGUUCGUGGAAGCAGAAGGCAGUAAAGUGCCUCCGUGUGCGUGCUCAUUUUUUGUUGCACAAAUGUUUAUACAACACAAUCCGUGUUGCUUAUUUAACUCAUGUAAGAUUUUUUUUCCUCCCCCCACUUUUCAAAUAAAAUGUACCUUCAGUUUCAA